CUUUAAGGCAGCUGCGGGGAGAACAGAAACCAAGUUCCCCGGCAACGAGCAGCAUCAACCCGGCGGGAGGCCGGAGCCAGAGAGGCCCAAAAGGCUGCGGAGAGAGCCGGCCGCUGAGUGUACAGCGCGCCCCCCUCCUCCUUCUUCCUCGGCCGCCCAGCCCUAAAUUUCGACCAGCUUUUUCGCCUGCGGAAAUCCUAGGAAGGGGGUUAGGAGCAGCUGCGCCCCCCUCUCUGAAGCUGCCGCCCCCUGACUUUUCGGCGCUGCUCCCUGCCGCGUGCGCCCGGGCAGUGCACCUCGGCAGGCCCCAGCCAUGUCGAUGCUGCCGUCGUUCGGCUUCACGCAGGAGCAAGUGGCGUGCGUGUGCGAAGUUCUGCAGCAAGGCGGGAACCUGGAGCGUCUGGGCAGGUUCCUGUGGUCGCUCCCCGCCUGCGACCACCUGCACAAGAACGAAAGCGUGCUCAAGGCCAAGGCCGUGGUUGCCUUCCACCGCGGGAACUUCCGCGAGCUCUACAAGAUCCUGGAGAGCCACCAGUUCUCGCCACACAACCAUCCCAAGCUGCAGCAACUGUGGCUGAAGGCGCACUACGUAGAGGCCGAGAAGCUGCGCGGCCGGCCGCUGGGCGCGGUGGGCAAAUAUCGGGUGCGCCGAAAAUUCCCGCUGCCGCGCACCAUCUGGGAUGGCGAGGAGACCAGCUACUGCUUCAAAGAGAAGUCCCGGGGUGUGCUGCGGGAGUGGUACGCGCACAAUCCGUACCCCUCGCCUCGUGAGAAGCGGGAGCUGGCCGAGGCCACUGGGCUCACCACCACCCAGGUCAGCAACUGGUUUAAGAACCGGAGGCAAAGAGACCGGGCCGCCGAGGCCAAGGAAAGGGAGAACACCGAAAACAAUAACUCCUCCUCCAACAAGCAGAAUCAACUCUCUCCUCUGGAAGGGGGCAAGCCGCUCAUGUCCAGCUCAGAAGAAGAAUUCUCACCUCCCCAAAGUCCAGACCAGAACUCGGUACUUCUGCUGCAGGGCAAUAUGGGCCACGCCAGGAGCUCAAACUAUUCUCUCCCUGGCUUAACGGCCUCGCAGCCCAGCCACAGCCUGCAAGCCCACCAGCAUCAGCUCCAGGACUCCCUGCUGGGCCCCCUCACCUCCAGUCUGGUGGACUUGGGGUCUUAAGUGGGGAGGGACUGGGCCUGGAAGCAGUGACUAGGGACACCUGUAAAUAGAAAUCAGGAACAUUUUUGCAGCUUGUUUCUGGGGUUCUCUGCGCAUAAAGGAAUGGUGGAGUUUCACAAAUAUCUUUUUAAAACUCAAAAUCAACAACAAUCUCAAGCUUAGUCGCCUUCUUCUCUCCGACUCUUGCAUUUCCCAUCUCAGUGCAGAGAUCAGGAAAACAAAAACCAAAAACCAAAAACCAAAAAAACCCAAACAAACAAAAGCACCCAGUCACCCAGUCUCGGUUCUGGGCAAUCCAUGUGCCAGCUUCAGUAGCUUUUCUUUCUUUUUUUCAGUGAAUGGGAAUUACAAAUCAACUGGAUUUUAAAUAUUUCCUUUUAAUUUAUUUAUGGAAAAGUCUUUUUGGAAAGAGGAAAAGGAAAUGAAGAAAGAGAGAGAGAAGUCAAAAUAGUGAAAAUAAGACCCUCCAGCCGGGAGGAACUGGUUGCAUUCUUAAGGUGAAUAGAAAAAAUAUGAUUUUACAACUUUUUGAUGGGGAAAAAUUAAGUUUACAUUUUUCAUUAUUUAGUGUUAAACACUUUUAUGUAGAUUAAAAUGAAAGAACAGUAUUAGGGGAAAAAAAAAACAAGUGCCUAAAUGUCUUAAUGCUCUCUGUGUAAGGCAGUUAGAAAUAGCAGUGACCAUUAGUAAUACAACUAUUUUUGUCAAAUUUAGUGGGGGUUUUUGGUUGUUGUUUGUUUUCUUGGUUUUUUUUUUUUUAAUGGCAAACUUUAGAAAUGUACCAAUGUGAAAAAAAAAACAAAACCCCACAACACUUUCCUGAAUGCCAUAACUUCUCAUGCCCUUGAAGCUUUCAUAUCUGUAGCCUACUCCUGUUAAGGGUUUCCCUUGUUCCUAGUUUCUAGCCUGCAAAAAUAUAUGACAAAUCUGGCAACCUGGUAUUUGUUACUAAAACAGCAUGUGUUUUCAGGUUUCUUUUCUAUUGUACCUAAAUCAGUCUAAAUUAAAACUUAGUAGAACACCAGGAGUACGAUUCUGUUUCUGAAAGGUGAGUUGUGCAUUGCUGUCAUUGCCCCCCCCCCUUUUUUAAAGCUUUCUUACUUAAUGGUUGUUGUGAAUUGCAGGGUACUUUGAAGGCCACCACCUGAACCAAGAAUGGUGACUGAAUUGAUUAUGUGACAGAAAAAGAGUGAAGCUAGCUUUGGGAUAUUUAUUUUUUUUUUUAUUAUUUAGAUAUGCAGUUUUGUUUACCACUAGCUCUUCUCCACCGCGUUCAUAUGUGAACUCAACCCUUUUGUAUUAACGAAUUUAUAACAAGUCUGUGAAAGUAAAAUAAUUUAUGUGCUUGGGAAGAAAAGGGGGGCACUUGAACAAGGAUAACAACAUUGUGAAUUAAUCUGUAUAAAUAGAAAGCAGACCAGUAGGACAGGAGCUCUUUGCACUGCUGCCGGAUAGUGUCCAGAAAAAUCCCAGUAAUCAUGUAGGCUCUAUAUUAUUUUUGCCUGGGGCAAAAAUGAUGUAUCUUUGUAUUUAGCUUUUAAAUUUAGUGAAACAAAUGGCAUUAUUUAUUAAAAUUCUACUCAGGAUAACAGGAUUGGCUUGCUUGUGCUUUGUAAAAGUAUUGCUCCCCAGAGAGAGUCUAUUUAUUUUCUGACAUGACAGUUUCAUAAUUUUGACUUUCCCCCAUCUGUAUCACUAUUAAUGUAUUCAUUUCUUUCUUACUCUUUCCUAUCUUUUCUGUCCUGAGCUAGGAGAGUGAGGUGUGUGUAUGGGGUGGGGAGCAGAAUUUAGGCCUAUCUUAUUAUGAGGUUUUUUAAAAUGUCAAAUAGCUUUGACUGAGUUCAAAGGAGAAAGGAUCACUGUACUUAACUGUAGUCACUUUUACUUAUAAAGUCAUUUUUCCCCCUCAGUGAUGGACAGAUGUGCACACAGCCGCUGGGAGACCAUCAUUUGGAUUGGGAGCUCAGGGUCCCAAUCUCCCUUGUUAGUGUUUUGGAUCAUUAAGUUGGUGUUUAUUUAAGUCACUAGGGUGUUUAUUCUCCAUGUCUUGGGCCACGGAGAAAUGCCACCCUCUGCAGGAGGGGCUCUCACAGGGGAUCUCCACACAUUCUUCACAUUCACUCCCCAAAACAAACACCCUGCACAAAGAUAGCUUUCAAUGACCCUGACAGGCUUCAAAGGACACCGCGGAAAUCUCCCUGGAAAAUAAGGAAGGGCCAAUUACUUUAAUUUCUUACAUGCCCUCUCUUCCUACUCCGAUGACUACCCCCCACUCUUCCAGCUCUGCUUGGUAUAAUUUUAGACUCGUGGAAGAUCUGUCUCCCUGGGCACCCGGGCCCACUUCCUGCUCCCUUGGUUGGUGAAUCUUGGAAAGAAAUGUCUGCAGAUCUGGUGAGGAGCAGAGUGGGCCAGUUCUGUAAAAACCCCUGUGAUUACUGCUUGUAAACUCGUUAAAAGGACAAUUUUCUGUCGCAGUCAUAAACUCUUUGUAAAAUCCCUGGCACUCGAUUCAGAGUGCGCAUAUUCCAGAUGUGUUUAAUAAGAAAUUGCACAAUAUGCCUUCCUCCGCCAUCACCGGCUCAGUCUGGCUAAACUAGGGACAAGCAGGAAGAGGCGAGAAAGCUGGAUACUGCUGUGAGUUUUCUUGGCAAUCAUUUUAGAGAGAUCAUUGGGGGGAACUAACCACAUUUUUUUUCCUUGAGGAAAUCUUCGAGGACCAGCUGUUAAGGGACCUCCAAUUUAUCUUCUCCGCCUUGCAGUUUAACUGAAUCAAAAGCAACUUUUCGUUUCUCCUCUGCAGUUUUCUUAAUGAUAGCCAAAAGUAAUGAACAACGGCUUAUAAAUAGUGUUUUUAGGAGGAAACCUUACAGCCUUUUGCCAAGUAAAAUGGAAAAAAAAAAUAGGGCGGUUUUUUCCCCCGACGUUUUAAAUCUGAACACACAAAUUGUUCGGGUCCCAGCUGCCUGCUCGUCUUGACCUCUUGGCUGAGAACGAAGCUUCCUAAAUAUUCGGAGGCAAAGAGACUUGGCUGGCAGUUAGCGCUCGAAGCCCUACGAGCUGCCGGCAAGGAGACUGGCGCCGCCGGGACAUGGCGCUGCGGGUCUUGAACCAGUUCUCCAGGCAAGGACAGCUUGGUGGUGACCCCGAGCUGAAGUGGAAAGAAAAUUCCAGGAAGAGGCAUUGGCAUUGACGUUUAUGGGCGAAGUCUAUUUGCUGUGCGGUGACCCUCGUUAACGCCUCUCUCUCCCGCACCCUGAGGGCCAGUCGGGCACCUGGCACUGAACCCACGCAGAGUCACCCUUCCUCUGCUCCGCCGCCGCGACUCGGGCAGCGGCUGCGGCUGAAGGGGGCUUCACUCCUACCGCCUCCCCUGCCCGGAGGCCUUUGGUCAAGUCUGCAGGCAGAACUCCAGGUCCUGGGAAUCCAAAGACUUCCAUGUCGCGCGACUCGGGCUGCAGAAACCUGGGGGAGCUCCUCCCGCCGCCCGCAGACUCCAGUGGCAGUUCUUGCUGCUCUGCCCUGCCGAGGCGCGGCGGGUCUGGGCGCCGCUGCUCUCUCCUGCCAGCCCUGGCCGGGCCUCUUCUCCACCAGUUCGCAGAGAAUCGCGCGCGGGUUCCCCAUCACAGCUCAGCUCCAGGCGCGGAGCCUGGUGGCCCGGCCCGCGGAGACCUUGAGAACAGAGGCUGCGAGACUGUCCUCGAAGGACCAGUCGAGGAGGCGGGAGCCUGAGCUUCGCGGGACAAUAACCUGACAUCACCUAGUGUCCCCAGAGCCACCUCCCCGGCCGAAGCCCCGGUCUCGCGCUUUGAGUGGUGGAGCGGAGCUAAAUUCUGGGCGAGGCACGUAGGUGACCUCGGACGCACGACUGCCGGGUUGGAGAGGCCCGGGCGCGGCGAGGUGAACAGGUCCUGGCCCUUCGCUGAGCCCCGCGGGGCCAGAGGUGUGAAGGUCCUCGGGUUCUCGGACAACGCGCUUUGGGUCCAGGGCAGCUGCCUGGGGCCUCGGAGCCCAGUCGGAAGGCGGCCUAGGCUCCGCCGCCUGGUCCCUACUGCCCUUCUUGCUUCAAAUACGUCCCGUCUCCUUUGCUUCCUGAGGCCUUGGCCUCGGCUUUCGGAUCUGUGCUUUUCACCGGCGCCCUUGGCGGAGGAGUGCGGGCCAGAGAAGGCGUCUCUUCCCCCGCUUGUCGCUAGAACGUCGACCGUCGAGGAGAGCGGCCCUGGUUCCUAGAGUCCCGGGCCUGCGGGGCCGGCACUCCCCUUCUUCGGCCGGGCCUGGUCGGACGUUUUCCCCUUGGCCGGUGGCCCUGGGCCUGGCAGCAGCCUCUUCCCUACGCGCGGCCCGGGGCCCCAUCAGGGAAGGCACCAGCCGGGGCCUGCGCUGCGCUUCGGACCCGGCUGUCACCGCGCGCAUUCUGCCCUUCUCUGGUGGGGUAGGUGGCGUUGACAGGGACAGCGGGGUCAGGGUUAAGGUGAGGAGAGUCGCUGGUGGCCCGCGUGCUCUCUCUGAGCUGUUUCUCCCUUUUCUGAGCUUUCCCCAGGAGAAGAUCUCAAAAAAA